CGUCGACGUCUGUUCAACUCUUGGCAUCACCAUUAGCAACAAAUUUUAUCAUGCAGGCUCUAAUACUAGUUCUCCUCGUGACCACUGUGACAGCCAUAUGGGAUGAUUCUAAACGCUAUUACCGGUAUCCGGUUAGGAACGAAUGCCAGGAGGUUAAAAAGAAGGGUUUGUGCCUUUUCGAUGAUAACCUGAUCACCUUCGCUAGUAGCAGCGCCAAAUAUCUAUUCCAUAAAUGUUGCUAUCCCAGCGAUGCCGUGGAAACAGCUUUUAUUGUUACCAAGAAUGGAGAUCAAAUUGUUAAGACCUUUAAUGGUGAUUUCAAGCCAAUGGAAUUUGAUACUUGUGCAAUAAAAGGAGAAAACUUCUGCCCUAAAUGCUGUGAAGUGAAUGGUAACUGGGGACACUGGUCACCGUAUGGUCCUUGUUCUCAGUCAUGUGGUACUGGUAUGAGGACACGCACUCGUAACUGUGACAACCCUGCACCAGCUAAUGGAGGUAGCGAUUGUGUUGGUAUGCCUACAGAAACUCAAAGUUGUAACACUCAGCUAUGUCCAGCUGAACUGUGUGCAAGUUUUGGUUAUGUAUAUGAUCCCGCCACCAACAUCUGUAUCAAAAUUUUUCAACACCUAGUGAAUUUCUUUGGUGCAGAGAAACUGUGCGAAGAGGAUGGCGGUGUUUUGCUUAAGUUGGACUCCUUACCUAAACGUGAUUUCCUACAAACACAAGUAGACGGUGACAGCGCUCAUGAUUUCAUAAUUGGGGCGAGAGAUGUAACCGGCAUGGACGAAUUUGAACAUCUUGAUGGCACAGCAGUUGUGUGGAUCGGCCCAGCACCCGAGGACUCAGACACUAUGGAUUGUGUGAGAUAUGUCAAAAGUGGUCAACGCAUGGACGAAACCCCUUGCGGAAUAAAAAGGAAGUUUAUUUGUGAGAGAGAUGUCACACCAAUGUAACCUACCUUGAAUUUAUAACCUCCGAUCACCAUUUUAUUUUUUCCGACAAUUUCCAUUUUGUUGUUCAAAGCUGAAUCCAGGUUAAUAUGUAUCCAGGUUGAUUAUGUGGUUAAAUAAACAGACACGAAAUAUCCAUGGUAGAAAAUCGUUCAAUCGGAUUCAAAAUAGUCACAUGAUCAAAAACCAUAGGUGGCGCUUGUUCGUGUUGACCAUACCCCCCAUAGAUCGUCGAAUGUUGACAAGUAUUUACGGAUGUAAAUUUAGGCAGUAUACCCAAAUCUACCUUUUACUCAAGAUACGAAAUUGAUUUCAGUUGAGAAUCUAAAAUCAUGGUCACCCCGAAGACUGUUUAAGAAUGGUUAAGUCUCAUUGUGUAAUUUUAGUACUUUAGGAAGCACUAUUGGAAUCCGUUAGGGAGCACUAUUGGAAUCCUUUAGGGAGCACUAUUGGAAUCCUUUAGGAAGCACUAUUGGAAUCCUUUGCAAACUACAAGUUUGUUAAAGAUAUAUCGCUAAUAGGAAUAGCCCCCCCCCCCCACCAAAAAAAAUAAAGAAAUAAAAUGGUUCAUUUCUCUUCAGAAUUUACAAAGUUAAGCCAAUCGCCAUUUGUUAUAGGAGAGCAGAAUUGAUAAGCCUAUUUUGAAUCUGGUUUAAUCCAAGCCGGAAGAUUAUCUAGGAUUGGUUAUUUGAUUUGUGUUCUUGGUUCAAUGUUAAAGGAUCAAGCUGAGUAGAUAUUAGGGUGGGUGAAGCCGUGAGAAAUUGGAAAUUUUAGCGGAAAAUCAAAAUGAUGAAUGGUUACUUAAAUAAA